AUGAUUACUACUAAUGAAAGUGACAAUGAUACUGAUGAUAGUGACGAUAUCGUUGACGACUUACUACAUGGAAAUAGUCUGCAGGAGAUUAAUUACUUUCAUGAUAGUCCACAGUAUGUAAAUAAAACAGUCUGUAAAAGUCAAUAUACUUGGAGAGAGAUUACAAUCCCUUGGAGAGUUUUAAUGAAAAAUUUUAAUUCAAAUUGUACUCAUCUAUUGGGAAAUUUAAUUAUCUCUGGAUUAGACCAAGACGAUGAUAUAACCUUCUUAGAGAAUAUUGAAGAGAUAUCUGGAUAUUUAGUUAUAUAUGGAGUUGGUCGAAAAGAGUUACGAUUACCACGUUUAAAAUUGAUCAAAGGUCUUGAUUAUGUAUCAUUUAAAUCGAGAAAAGUCUCUUUACUUGUCGUCAGUAAUUAUAUGAAGUCAACUGAACAAAAUGAAGUAUUCAAUGAAUUCUCUUCACCUUCUGAUAUGUUAUCGUCAACAACAACAACAGCCACACAUUCAGAUGAUACUUUAAAGGCGAAAAAUUCCGGUCUUCGGCAUCUACAAUCACUGGAAAUGACUUCACUUAUAUCUAUUGUUCAACAUGGAAUUUACUUCUAUGAUAAUCCUGGUCUAUGCUAUACACCAUUCACAUUGAAAUGGGAUGAAAUGAUUGAAAGUUCUGAAUUACAAACAAUUGACUUAUUAGCGAUACAUUCUGAUGCAAAUAUCUUUUUGUGGUAUGAAUAUUGUCAGUGUAAAUAUUUAAAUCUUUGUACAAAUACUAGAAAUAAUAAUGAUAAAACAACUACAAAAUCUUCAUUAUUCAAUGUUUCAAUACAAGUUGAACAAUUAACCAAUGAAUUAUCACAACAAAUUGAUAAUGAUUUAAAGAAAAGGAGUAAUAUAAAAAAGAAAAGAGAUGUCAUGAAUAUAAUUGAACAAGUUAAAGAUGGAGUAAGUGGAUCUUUACAGGAUACGUUAAAUUUGUCCAUUUCUUCGACAGAGUUACAAAGGAAUCACUCUGUGUCUCAAAUGACACCACUGAAAGAUGACAUUAUCUUGUCAGAAGAUGAGGAGAAGAGGAUUGCAAGUAUUGAUCAUUCGGAGAAUGAAGAUUCGUAUACAACAACUUUGUUAGCUGACGACAACAUGAAAGAGAUAACACAGUUGACGAAUAUGUUUGAAGGCAAUAAAUUAGUGGCAAAAAUUGGUAGAGAAUUAGAUGAUUUAUACGAUGAAAGUAGUAAUUCUAUCUCAGAACAAUUCCAUGAUGAAACAACAGAAACGACUUUAGAAAUAUCAAGUGAAGAUCAUUCUAUCAACAACGAGGCUUCAACAACUACCAAUUUAGAUGAAACUGUUUCUACGGUGGAGACAACGGGGAAUGAAUCUAUCGAAUACAACACUUUACUGAUAAAUCAAACAUCGACACUUCAAUAUCCUGAUCAUGAAAAUACUACUGAUUCUUCCAUAAUGACAACAGCAUCAAACGAGCCUAUGACAACUGAUAAUUCAAGUCCAAAUACAUAUAAUCCAAAGAAUGAGAAGGAAUCAGCUAUCGCUUAUCCAACGGAACGUCCCAACUUACCAUGUCAUCCAGUUUGUCCGGCUAUCCAAGGGAAACGUUAUUGUUGGGGUCCAGGGCCAGACCAAUGCCAGGCAGUACACAAAUGUCAAGUUCGUCUAUGUGAAGGAUCAAAUUGGUGUUUUCGUAAACGAUCAUACACAUUUGAAAAGGACAUUUCAAUUCAUCAUUCACGUCAACUACAUACAAGUGUGAAUUAUGGAUAUUCAAAAGAACACUGUUGUCAUUCUGAAUGUGCAGCCGGUUGCCAUGGUCCAAGAGCUCGUGACUGUAAUGCCUGUUUACGUUUAUCCAAUCGUGGUGUUUGCACAGACUCAUGUCCAGCGUCUAGAAUAUACAAUAAGUCUACAUUUAGCUGGAGAGAAAAUCCUGAUGGUCUAUUGACAUUUGGAUCAAUCUGUGUGAAAUCGUGUCCAAAAACAUAUCUACGAGAUGGUGAUCAUUGUGUAUCGAAAUGUGCUCGUCCAGGAUAUUUUGCUUAUCGUGGUCAAUGCAUACCCUGUCCUAAUUCUAUUUGUCCCAAAGUUUGUACAUUGAAAGAAAUUGAAUCAAUAAAAGGAGUUGAUUAUCUACAUCGUAGAUCACUUCGAGCCAUGGAGAAUUGUACAAUAUUUGAAGGUGAUAUUAAAUUAUCAAUGCAAUCAUUUAUUGGUGAUCCAUUUUACAAUUUAUCACAAAUUGAUGAAGGUGUACAAUGGGAAGAUCUUGUUAUAGGUUUAUCAAAAUUGGAACAGAUAACAGGCAUAUUAUAUAUUAGUGCUGGAUUUCAUGCUCCAUGGAUGACAAAUUUAACCUUUCUUUCGAACGUGAAAAUAAUCGGUGGAAUCAGUCCAAAUAUUCAACAAACACGAACAAUCAAUAUUAACUUGAAUCAUCAUUUAGAAUUUUUAGGCAUGACAUCUUUACGUAGACUUGGUCAUCCAAGUGUAUUAAUUACAGGUAAUCCACGUCUAUGUUAUGUUGAUACAAUCGAUUGGACAACUUUAUUCACCGAUGAAUUAAUAACCCAUAGUAAUGAGAAUAAACAAAUAUUGUUACCAAAAAUGUCAAAAAUUGAUUUCAUUGAAAAUGGUCUGUUAUCUCAGACAACUACAUUAUUAUCAUCAACUGAGAGGAGAGUACUUAGACGACGACGACCUAUAAAAGAGUCAGCUGUUUUUAUUGGUGGAAAUGCUCAUUUUGAAUUCUGUAGAGGACGUGGAGCGAUGUGUGAUGAAGUAUGCCAACCUCAUGCUGGAUGUUGGGGUCCUGGUAUAAAAUUCUGUUACUAUUGUAAAUACUGGUCAGUUGAAUCUCCUAAAGGUGGACAACUUUGUGUUCAGAAAUGUGAAGAUGUACCCGGUUUUUAUACCCCUAUUAUCAAUAACUCAGAAAUUGAUUCCAAGGAAAUGUUGACUACGGGAUUGAAUAAACUGACUAUAUUGCAGUACAAUACUACUAAUAACUUAACUACUAAUGAAACUACUAACCCUCUGGAAAUCAGUAGUACAUAUCCGACUGCAGGAAACAGUCAACCUAAGGAGAUCCAAGUCUUAAGUCAUACUUUCCCACCAAUGCAAUGCCAGAAAUGUUCAUCCAUGUGUAGCCUACAAAAGAAUACAUGUAAUGGACCAAAUGAGGAUCAGUGCAUCGGUUCAUGUCGAUUCGUGAAGGAUGGUCCAUUUUGUAGAGCCAAUUGUCCACCUAAUAAAUAUGCAGAUCCAUUGACUAAAAGUGUUUAG